UUGCACUCUCUUCAUCAUCUUCUUCAUCUUGUCCUUGGGUUAAUGGAGAGAAGCUGGCUUGUUGAUAGCAGAGCGAUUGCAAAGAAAGUAAAGAACGCUUCAUUCUCAUCUUCCAUUGAAAUCACUGAUUGUGGGGCAAAUCGUGAAUGCCCCAACUGCCAUUGCCGUAUCGACAACAGUGAUGUUUUUCCUCGAUGGCCUGGUCUUCCAAUAGGAGUGAAGUUCGACCCGUCUGAUGCAGAGCUUUUAGACUAUUUAGCAGCUAAAUGCGGGGUCGGAGACUCGAAAGAACACCCGUUUAUCGACGAGUUUAUCCCGACGCUAGACGAAUGUCAAGGGAUUUGCUACACUCAUCCGGAAAAUCUUCCAGGUGCAAAGAAGGAUGGCAGUAGUAUCCACUUCUUUCAUCGGACGAUUAAUGCGUAUGCAACUGGUCAGCGAAAGCGCCGGAAAAUCCACAAUGUAGAUAACACGAAUGAGGAGCAUGUUCGUUGGCAUAAGACGGGAAAGACCAAACCCGUUAUAGAAAACGGGGUUCAUAAGGGGUGGAAGAAGAUCAUGGUUCUCUACAAAAGUUCGAGGAAAGGGUGCAAACCCGAAAAGUCGAAUUGGGUAAUGCAUCAGUAUCAUCUAGGGGAUGAAGAAGACGAGCAUGACGGGGAAUAUGUCGUUUCGAAGAUUUUCUAUCAACAGCAGAAACAAACUGAGAAGAAUGACGACAGCCCGAUAACUGAAGAACCGGAUAACUUGAUGAUUCGCACUAGUCCAAGGACCCCGAAAACAAUCACUCCUAAUCCACCUCGGCCAUCUAAGUCAAUGCUAUAUGAUGACAUUGAAGAUAAUAUGCACCAGGAAGCAAAAUUUGGUGUAGAAGAAUCUCAUCUACCUAAGGAUUCUGUUCAAUGUGAGGAUAAUUCGAACUAUCCGGCAUGGCUGGCCGCAGAAUCUCAGGCUGCCGAAAAUUCUGAUUUUGAUGGUUUGGAUGAUUUUCUUCUAUGCAAUGAGCUUUUGGAUUCGUCUACUCUGCUAACGAGUUCAGUAAAGAACCGAGUCUCUAAUGCCGAUGGUACAAUCGAGACGAAAGGAAAUAACGAUGUAGCGUGCGGACUUUCUGAGCUCGAGAACUUGGAGUUCGAUACACCGCCUGAUGUACCACUAGCUGAUCUACAAUUCGGCUCUCAGGAAAGCAUUCUUUCGUGGUUAGACCGAUUAUGAAGAACUAAUAUGAUGCAGAAUCUGCAUCCCCGUCGACCAAAGUCCAUGUUUUGAUCUCGUUUAUUGUCUCACCGAAGCUGUUUCCACGUCGAGCACUUCAUAGGCCUAGACAACGUUUGUUUUGCUUUCGGGGACAUAGCUAAUUCGUUCGUUCGUCCUCGGUUUCUUCAUUCAAGUCAGUUUGACGCUUGUUUCAUCCCGCAUCUGCCAGUUCGAAAAUCGUGUUAUAGGCUUAAACGUACGAUCCAUGAAGCGAGAAGCGUCCGAUUUCCGAAUCCGGGGCUGGCUAGUUGAGACAGCAUUUAAGGUUAUGUUAUGAGGAAAGAUUGAAAUGUUGUUUCCAUGGGACCAACAUGUAAGAAACAGAAACAUUUGGUGUUGUAUUGGAACUAAAAUU